CUUCUUGAUUUAACAAGUUGAAAAUCUGCUGAAUAAUUCAUGAAGAGUGGAAGGGCUGAAUCUUCCUGGAAUGAUAUACACUGUACGUACUGUGGCACAGGAGAAACUGCAAAGCUUUGUAUCAGUUGCUGCCGUUUCUGCUGCCGAUUGCAAGGUGCUGCUGCUUUUGCUGUUUUCACAGCUACAGAAACCUCAGUCGUGCUCUGGUCUGCCAACAGCCAUCUGCCUCCCUAUGGACCCACCUUCACCAGCUACAAUCUGUGGACUCUCUUGCUGCCUACCUGCCUUGGACACUGCUGGUUUUUGGAUCCUUACUGCAAACAGCAUUUUCUGGACCUUACAGCUUGUAUGACUGAAACCUGCCUUAGAGUCCUUCAGCUGCACAGCCUCCCAUGUGCUUGGUGAGGACUCCUGCAGCAGAACUUCUGACCCAGAUAAGGAUGGGAUUUACAGGGCAAAGUCAAAACUGAGCUGCAUUCAGCGAGAUGCCCAACGCCUCUUCCUGGAGUGCUAGCUCGCCUCUGCUGCUGCUCUGGGAGGACUCCUCUGGGACCCGCAUCUUUCUGUCGCUGCUCUACGCAGUCUUGGCUAUCUCAGGAACUUUAUCCAAUGUGAUGGUCAUCUAUUUAGUCUUCUCCUUCAAGAAGCUGCAGACAACCAGCAAUGCCUUCAUCGUGAACGGCUGUGCGGCUGACCUGAGCGUGUGUGCCCUGUGGAUGCCCCAGGAGGCUGUGCUGGGGCUGCUGCCCCCCAAUUCCUCCUCCCUUCGCUCGGCGGAGUACCGGCUGCUCCGGGGGGGGCUCCUGGGCCUCGGCCUCACCGUCUCCCUGGCCUCGCACCUGCUGGUGGCUUUCAACAGGUACGUGCUCAUCACCAAGCUGCCCAGUGUGUACCAGGCCCUCUACCAGCGGAGACACACGGGCUGCAUGAUCGGGCUCUCCUGGGCCCUCGCCCUGCUCCCGGUCCCGCUGCUGCCCGGGCUCUGGACCCUGGGCUCAGCCCAGUCGGAGGGCAGCUCUCGCUACACCGCCCUGCUCCUCGCCCUGGCCGUGCUGGGCCAGACCGCGCUGCUGCUCCACUGCUAUCUCGGCAUCGUGCGGCGGGUGCGGGGCAGCGCCAAGCGGGUCAGCGUCCUCAACUUCCACCUGCUGCACCAGCUGCCCUUCCCCGCCGCGCCGCCGCCGCCUCGCCGCGCCCAGCGCCGCCUCAGCAGCGUCUCCGUCCUGCUGCUCUGCUGCGUGUUCCUGCUGGGCACCCAGCCCCUGGUCUGGGUGAGCCUCCUGGGCUUCUUCCUGCGCCCGGCGCCGCCGGCGCUGCAGGCCGCCAGCUGGCUGCUGCUCUGCUCGCUCUCGGCCCUCAACCCGCUGCUCUACACGUGGCGCAGCGAGGAGUUCCGCCGGGCGGCCCGCUCUGUCCUGCCCCGCGGCGAGGGCCAAGCCGCCGCCCCACGCCCCGCAGCCGCCGCCGCGGGGACAGCCAUGUACCUCAUGGCUGCAGAGCAGGAAGGAUGUAGCAAACAGGCAAGUGACUGA